AAGACACUUCCUUGCUCAUGUGAUUUUUGUUUUUGUCACGAAAGAUUUUAGACUUUUCGAUGUUAUUUUAGCGAAUUGAAGCUUUUACAGCAUUUAAAAGUCACGUUUUAUCCACGAGAGUACGGCUUUUACUAGCUGGAUAAAACUAUAAUGAAAGCAAAGUGUUUUUUUUUUGCCGUUCUUUAGCUCCAGUUGACCUGACAGUGCAGUCGUCCUGUGACUGAUGAAGAGCUUAUAAUGUCCAGCAGAUACUCGAUCGUGGUGCAGGGCGAGGCAUCGGAAACAGACUCCGAUGACGAAGUCUACAUCACCUCACUGUCUUCUCAGCAAACUGCCUCAACAGUCGGAACUAAGGUUCCAGGGGAGGCCUCUGAAACUGACAGUGAGGAGGAUCCAGAGCAGACAGGCAGAUCCUCAGCAGGAAGUCAGGACAGUGCUGCCAAGAUACUCAGAAGAGACCUGCCUCCUCUCAUUGUGGUCAGGGACCACCCUGAUCUUCAGUCCAUAGUGGAAGACAGGCCGAGCCCUGCACACAAACCACAUGGUGAAACCCUUUUACAACAGAAGCUGCAGGAGUCAAACAGCCAGCUGUAUUCUGAUGUGGGACAAAUGCUAAAGCAGGUUUACGGCAGCGCCAGCAAAGAGGUGCACAGUGUAACGUCUCAGCUGAAUGCAUCCCAGAGCGCCAUUAUCAAUGCGUCCCACAGCAUCAGAUUAAUCCUGGAUGACCUGAAGGCCGUGUCCGAGAAGAUCGACAUCAUCACCAGCUGUCAAAUACUUCCUGAGAUUAACAUCGCCGAUCCCAGUCGCGUGACGCCUCCUGCGCCUUAAAAACACUUUGGUGUUGGGAUGUUUUACUGGCAGCACGGGUAUAUCAUCAAAAAAUUCAAAAAUUAAAGGAGGUUAAAAUUGUGAGCUAGCUUUGCUUUUUGGAGUCACAAAUCACCUGCAUGCAUAAAACAAAAACUCUUAACAGUUACUGAUGUAUAUGUUUACUAAUAACUGUGCAUCUUGUUGGAGGUUUAGGAGCUAUUUAUAAAAAAAAAGUAAAAUUGCGUAUGCUGUCACAUUUUUUUCAAAUAGUCUUGCAAUUUUCUGUAAAUAUGAAUGUUUCUCAAUAAAUUUUUAAAAACA